GGGUGUGUGCCCCGCAGAAGUCGGGCAGCAGUUCCUGGUUUGCGUGGUUACGCUAGAGAGCAGCUGACCUUGUCCCGUAGAUGGCGCGAGUUAUGGGCGGCCGACCUUACCCCGGGGAUGGCGCUGGUCGUGGGCGGCCGAUCUUACCCCGGGGAUGGCGCUGGUUGUGGUCAUCACCUGAUUUCUCUAGACUUCUCCCUGCUGGGACGAGGAGUCAGCUCCCAGGCCAACUGGAUUAUCAGGGCACUUUGGAGCCGCCAUCCAGGCCUUGAGCCUCAGCCUUGGCUGCAGUAUUUGUAGAUUUGCAUUUAGAAACUUGAUGUGGCUGAGACUGCAGCCCAGGAGGCUGUGGCCUGCAGCAGCCGCCCACCCAUCUGCCCGCACCCUCGUGGGUCUGGCUCCUCCUGCCACGUGGUUCCUCCUGCGAUGUGUUUGCGUGAUUUUUUUUAUUGCGGCCUCUGACUUUCUUUUGUCUCUUCAGUCAUCUAAAGAGAUUUUUGAAAGGAAAAUGGUCCAGUGUGUGCUGUGCACACCGUAGCCCAGGGCCCAAGAGGAGCGUCUUGUGAAGGAGCUGUACUUGCUGGCUCAGAUCCCUUCUCUGAGUGACUCCUGGCACAGCAGAGCAGGCCUCAGCCCCCCCACAGGAGCCUCCAGCCAGCCCUGCGUCGGGGCGUGAGCGCGCUUUAGCUCGCAGCAGUUGGCGGAGGGGUCCUUGUGAAAUCUCCUCUGGCUCCCUGUCCCGAGGCACCUGUGUGUGUCUUGAGUAUUUCCUCUUCAUCCUCCAUGUGUCCCUGACAGCUGAACGUGCAAGCCAGCUUCUGUCUGCCAAGAGAGAAGGGCGGGAUUCGCCCCAUGAGCUCGGUCUUUCUUCAUUUGACACCAACAGUCUCUGCCACUAGUUCUAAUGCUUGCAUUUCUGUGUUCUGCUUUUUAAUGUUUUUGUAAGAGAAGAGCAAAAUCAGCCAGAUUGUUUGCCCAGACACUUUGCUCUGUGGAUACAGAUGCUUUGGCCGGCAGAGAGCACCACUGCUCACUGGCUCUCAGCGUCUGUCAGCAGGCAGAAGCCGUUUCCCUAUCUGGAAGGCACGUCUGGGUGUCCACACAGCACGACCAAUAGUGUGCAGCAUGCAGAGCUGGGCCGGGAGAAGGCCCAGCCAUGCCCAGCUGCCCCCCGCCCCGCCUCCCUGGCCUUGGGCCUGAGAGGGUACCUGUCCUGGCUUAGUCACCCGGAAACCAAAAUCCUUUGCAGCUUCCAGAAUUCUCCAGUACAGGAGGAGAAGCUGUCCACGUUCAGAGCCGCUUUAGACGGUUUGCCCGUCACCGGCAUUCCUGGACCUGGAAACGGGCGCCCCAGCCAGGCCGGGGACCACUGUAUGCCCAGAAUUCUCCUCCCGUCCUUUUUCCCCUUGCCCGGCUCACAGCUGCCCCGGGAAGAAGGGAGCCGGCCACAAGGCGCAGCCCAAGCCAGGCUGGGGGCCGUGACCAUCGGCAGUGCCCCCCAGAGCAGGCUCCUCGUGCAGGAACAUGGGUCAGUGCCUUCCAGGGAGUCCUUUUUUUCUUCUGGUUUCUAAGUGGCCACCUCUUGCUUUACCUCAGAUAGAAGCAUCCAGAAUGCUGUAGUAUCAGCAUAAGCAGAAGCCGGUGUGGUGCUUGCUCAGGGUCGGUGCACACAGUUCUGCCCAUGGCCCCGCUGGCGGCAGCGUGAGGCUGGGUGUGUCUGGGAGCUUGUUUUUCCAGAGUGCCCUGUGCCAGACGGCUCCUGGCCUCGUCUGAGUCAGUCACGGCCCUGCAGGACUGGAACUAGGGUGGCUGGUCACAGAGUCAGUGGUCCUGUCGAGGCCCCUGCUGUGGCGUUGGGGUGGAUCUCCCUCCAGAACCUUCACUGUGCAGGGAGCACAGCAAAACCCGAGGCCUGCCGAUGGCCUGCAGGCUGACGGAAGGCGGGGGCACUUUCUCUCUUGGGUGCAGGCUUUUCCCUCCUGGUGCCCUGCCUCUGUGCAGCCCGAUGGCGUCUCCUGUGGGGGGAGGGCCUGUGUGCCAGGCUAAUGAGAUGCCCGGAUGUGGUGGGGCUGGCUGUGUUUGGGGUCCCUGGCUGUGGUGCCUUCUGAAGAGGAACCCUUUUCUGUGGUUAACUGAGCGGCCAGCCCUUUGCGUUCUUGGCUGGCCUUCCCGUCCUGGCAACACCAAGGUCAUUCCGGUCCUCAGUGGCGUUGCUGUGUCUCUUUAUCACCUGCACUGCAAUUGUUUUUUGUUUGUUUGUUUUGAGGGGGAUGGCGCCUCGCUCUGUCAUCCAUCUAGGCAGGAGUGCAGUGGUGCAAUCAUGGCUUACUGCAGCCUUGACCACCCGGGCUCAAGCAGUCCUCCCACACCUCAGCCUCCUGAGUAGCUGGGACCACAGGUGCACGCCACCAUGCCCAGCUAAUUUUUGUGUUUUUUGUAGAGACAAGGUCUCACUAUGUUGCCCAGGCCAGUCUCAAACUCAUGAGCUCAAGCGAUCCUCCCACCUCAGCCUUCCAAAGGGCUGAGAUUACAGGUGUGAGCCCCUGAGCCUGGUCUGCACUGCUGUUUACUUACUAUUUUUCUUUAACUAGAUUUAUUUUUAAACAAGGCUUUGUCCAAGGACAUUUGGCUCGCAGGCACAGAGCUGAUUAACUGGUUGUGUAUCUUUUGAUAAUAAGGCGGUGAUAAUUAAGAAAAAUGUGUAGCCGAUGAAAUAACAUGUUCUGGGCCCCACCACUGGACCUGGGAGGUGCAGCGCGUCCCAGCAGAGGCCGCCUCCUGCCCUCCACGCCUGCUGUUCUCGCAGGCAGGGGCUCUGCUGCUUAUAGCAGUGCAGCCGUCUCAGCUUCUUUCCACAUCGUCUGUCGCGCACUGGUCCCCACCAUGCCUCUCGCCACCCCAUGCCUCUGUCCCUGUGCAGCCUGAGGAGCUCCAGCUUUCCCUGCCAACGGUGCUCUGGGAGUGGGGACGUGAUGCAGGGCGAGCAUGAUGCAAUGGAGCACCCCAGACCCUUCCCUCCCGUAGGGGAAGGGGUGCGGCACGCAGAGGGGCAGAGAGCAGGGACACUGGCCCCGUGGGGGAAGAAGCUGCUGUCACAGCCGUUACUGUCCCCUGUGGGACCCCAGCCUAGAGCCCCCAUCCUUCGGCUCCUGCCUGUGGCCGCUCAGCUCUCAGGUGGCCACUUGCACAUCCCCUGCUCCUUCCCUCACACCUGCCCUGCCCAGCGGCCUUUCUGGUCCCAGCUGCUGAAACCUGUGAGCUGCUCCAGGGUACAUGUCCCAGAGCAAGCACGCGGAGGCCCGGGAGCUCAUGUACUCAGGAGCCCUGCUCUUCUUCAGCCAUGGCCAGCAAAACAGCGCAGCAGACUUGUCCAUGCUGGUCCUGGAGUCCCUGGAGAAGGCAGAAGUGGAGGUGGCUGACGAGCUGCUGGAAAAUCUGGCUAAAGUGUUCAGCCUGAUGGACCCCAACUCUCCUGAGCGCGUGGCCUUUGUGUCCAGAGCCCUGAAGUGGUCCAGCGGGGGCUCCGGGAAGCUGGGCCACCCCCGGUUGCACCAGCUGCUGGCCCUCACCCUGUGGAAAGAGCAAAACUAUUGUGAGUCGCGGUAUCAUUUUCUGCACUCAGCGGACGGGGAGGGCUGUGCCAACAUGCUGGUGGAGUAUUCCACGUCCCGCGGCUUCCGCAGCGAGGUGGACAUGUUCGUGGCCCAGGCUGUGCUACAGUUUCUCUGUUUAAAAAACAAAAGUAGCGCGUCGGUGGUCUUCACGACGUACACCCAGAAGCACCCGUCCAUCGAGGACGGGCCUCCGUUUGUGGAGCCGCUGCUCAACUUCAUCUGGUUCCUGCUGCUGGCUGUGGACGGUGGGAAGCUGACGGUGUUCACUGUGCUGUGUGAGCAGUACCAGCCAUCCCUCCGGCGGGACCCGAUGUACAACGAGUACCUCGACCGCAUAGGACAGCUGUUCUUUGGCGUCCCGCCCAAGCAGACGUCUUCCUACGGGGGCCUGCUCGGGAACCUUCUGAGCAGCCUCAUGGGCUCCUCAGAGCAGGAGGAGGGGGAGGAGAGCCCCAGCGAUGGCAGCCCCAUCGAGCUGGACUGAACUGGCCGGGCCACGUGGAGACACCACGGUCAACGACGGCUCGAGGGACGUUUCAGAGGCGAGUCCUGGGUGGCUCCUCGCCUGGGGGCUCCUGGCCCUGAGGCUGGCGGUGGCCACAUGCCGGCGCGUGUCUGUUUCUGUGCGGCGGCUCAGGGUGGCGCGGCUGCAGGUCGCUGUGCUGCUGGGACCCAAGAGUGGGGCGUCGCCCCUGCUGGCCGCCGUGUCCCCCGAGAUUGACCCACAAUAAAGCACAGGCCUUACCGCGGCGUCACCCUCUCCCACUCCUUUGUUCUGGGUCCUUUCGGGAGGGCUGAUGGGCGGUACAGGAGGCCCGUCCUCAGGGGGGCUGGGCACAUUACGCUCCUUGCCAGGUGUCCAGCACAGUUGCGGUCACCAAAGCAGGUGCUGGCCCUUGGACCUGAGAGCCCAGCCAGGGCCCACGUGGUCUGCAAAUGGGAGCGGCUGUUUUUGAACACGGGGUCACUCUGCAGUCACGACGAACUGGUCCCCGUCGCAGACGGAGUGCAUGUGCCCUGUGCCACAUCCUCAUGCUCGGUGGAGGGACGCGUGCGGCAGGAUGGUGCCCACGGGUACUUGCAGCUGUGUCCCAUGUGGCAUCCCAGAGCUGCACCCUGCUGGUCUCUGUGAGCGCCACGCUGCUGGAAAUGCCGCUUUAAAAAGGGAUACGGUGGGACUCUGCCUGUCUCUUUCAUAACGCAAUAUUUAUUUGUAUUGGGUGAUUGAUUCUUUUGACCUAACAUUUUAGGUUUUAACCAAAUAACCGGUCCAGGAGUGAGCAGCUCCGUUCUGUCACAGAUGCUACUCCAGAUGUUACCAGAACAAUGACAAAAGGGGAGACGCUCUAUUUUUUCACAGUUAAAUGACAGUUGUAGAUUGAUAUGCAGUUGUGCAUGGGAAGGGGAAACGCACAGCUUUAUUUACUGUAAAGUGGAAUUUAAGGAAGGCUUGUGUGAACCGUUGCGCAUAAAUAAACCCUUUCUACCGGGC